CUUGUAACAACCUAGAAUCAGUUGAACUCGUAAGUUUUCUUCGCUUUUUUGCGGUUAAAACUUAAAAAAGUCGUUCAACAUACAAAUUUCACUUAACCGCAAUGUCCCAAAAUAAUUUGUGCCGUACAUUUGCAAUUUUUCGCGAAUUACUGCCCAACUUUAAUCCAGUAAGUCACACGAGCAACCCCACGACUUCCAGGCAUGUUUUUCAACAGCAGGGAAUAAAAUUAAGGUUGUCAUCGGGGGUGGGCACCGCCAUCACGAAUUGCGUCAUCAGGAGGCCGUUCUUGCACUGUUCCAACUGCGUUAAAUCUUUCACUUCCACCGUCAACAAUAGAGUUUUGGCAUUUUUGCAUGCCAGACAUUUCCAUUCAAUCGCUGCUCAGAGAAUUCGUCGAGCAGGACAGGUGAUCAUCUUCCAUAAAAAUUUAGGUUACGAUUGUAAUGCCCUGAAGAGGAUCUGUAAGAAUUUAGUGACGCUCAUUUCAAAGCAAACUAUCAACACUUCAUCACUCUCCCUGCUCAUGGGGGCCGUCCUGUUCAGCUGGAACAAUGAUCAGAUUUCUGAUUCUGAACUUCAUCAAGUGACACAUGAGUUUGACUUAAUUCGACAACUGAAAGACAAUGCCAAAAAAGAAUGGGAACCUGUUGUCAGCAAAAGUGAGGUUCGAAUUUGGAGGACUCCAAUGCCAAACAGUGAUCUGUAUCAGUACAAAGUUAAUGGUUCAUACAAAGAUGUGUCAGCUCGAGCCUUCUACAACACUCAGGUUGAUCUGGAGUUUCGUAAGCAGUGGGACAGACAUGUGAUUAGUUUGAAGAUCAUUGACAAGGAUGAUGACUCGGGAUCCGAGAUUGUUCACUGGAUCACUCACUUUCCUUACCCUCUGUCCAGUAGAGAAUAUGUUUAUGUACGGAGGCACGAGGUGGAUGAUAAGAACAAGUUGAUGGUGAUUGUCAGUCGAAGCAUCAGUGGACAUCCCUGCGUACCCGACAACACCAACCACGUGCGAGUCACCGAGUAUACAUCUAAGAUGGUCAUCAGACCACACACUAGCUUUGAUGAGAAUGGGUUUGAUUACGUGCUGACAUACUUUGACGAUCCCAAGUCUUCCAUACCAAAAGUGGCUCAGUGUUGGAUGGCCAACUCCGGCAUUCCUGACUUUGUGGACAAGUUGCAUGAUGCGGCACUCCUGCUACAGUAUGAUGAGAGAAGGAAGAACUCCUGUGAGAAUGUCAACUACGAUGCAACAGGCACCCUGGAGCUUGCUAAAUGCAGUAACGAUAUAAAUAACAAUAACAAAAACAAUACCGCUGAUAAUAAGAUUAAUAGUGAUAAUAAAAAUAAUUGCAAUAAUAUCAUUGAAGAAUCAACAUUACUAGAUGAUACUCAAUUGCCGAUGUGAUGAUUCUCUACUGUUAAUUAAUUUCCGUUGUUUGUGCAUAUUAAAAGUUUAUUUUGUUUAUUCUUGUAAAAUGUUUGUUGCUAUAUUCCAAUGGAGAAAAAUUAAUUCAAGUUGAUACAAUGAACUGAUGUACUAACUAACCUGCUAUAAUUGAUGCUUCAUUAAGAGAUCUGUCUCAUCAUUAAUUCUAUCAGUCUUUUCUUGAGGUAAUAUGUCAAUAUUUGUACGUCUGUCUCUUACUAAAUAUUUUAACAAUUAUUAAAAAAAUAGGCUUAAAGUAAAUCACAUUAUAUUUUUUAUUAUAUGUUACGUUUAUAAUAAUUAAUUAUUAUAAUUAUAAAUGUUUAGUUACAUUAUAAGUUAAUACUACUUUGAUUUCACUUUCUGUUUAAUAUUGUUAUCUGGAUGGAUAUGUCUUCAAAGUGUCAAUGAAUUAUCUUUUAUCUAUUCUUUAUAUGUGUAUAUAUAUAUAUAUAUAUAUAUAUAUAUAUAUAUAUAUAUAUAUAAUAUUUAAUUUAAUAAGGAAGAUCAUUUUUUCAAGUGUGUCGACUAACUUGAUUUUUAUGAAUAUCAAUUUUUUUAAAACAUUUUUUGAAAAGACUACACUUUUUAUUUUUAUUUUGCCAAAUUUGUAAAGUAAAUUUUUUAGUUUACAAAUAUACCCAUGAAACUUUUUAUUAAUUUCUUUUUUGUUUAUUUUAUUGUGUAAUCUGUUUGAGUUUAAAAGGUUUUUUUAAAUUCACUAAUUGUUAAAUUAAAACACGCUCAAAUCUGUAAGAUUAGAGAAAAGGAUUGAUAAGAAGUGUUUGCACCAGCUACGAGUUUUAAUUUGUGUUUGAGAAAUAAUUUUAACUAAAUAAAUUUUUAUAGUAACUC